AUGAAGAAGAAAGAUACUUUAUCUAUAAAAAUGACGGUAAUCAUCAUUGAAGAAAUCAAAAACUAUCUUAUUUCUGGUAAUACUCCUGAUUAUUUAACCAAGGCAGGAAAAAAGGCUUUUAUUGACCGCUUUCAGGACUUUACAAUAGGAGAGGAGGGGUGUUUGCAGGCACCUAUGGCAAACAACGGAGAAACCCUGCUGGCCGUGGGAGACGACGACGAAGAAGCGAUCAAAACAAUAUUCGAAGAGGUGCAUGUCAGAAACAGCCACCUGAAGCUCUACAGGGCGUGGCAGAUGAUCAAGGGAAAGUGGUUUGGCUUCAAAAAGGAUCACAUCGCGUCAUUAAUAGAAAAUUGUGAAUAUUGCAGAGACAAGCUCAGAAGAAAAAAAGAAAAAAAAGGGGCAGCCGCGCAGAAAAAAGAAGAAAAGGAGAACCAGGAGCUGGAGGAAAGCGAAAAGAAAAAACAGAAAAAAACAGAAAACAGCAAAAUGAUCAAAAAGCCCAUUCCCCCGGUGAACAAGCCCAUGGAGCGGCUGGACAUUUCGCUGAUUGAUCUGUCUGUGUACAAAAGCUUCAACAACGGCUACUCGCACAUACUCCACAUCGUAGACUCGUACUCGGAGUACCACUUUAUCUACCCGCUCACGAACUGCAUCAGCAUAGCAAGCCAGGUGGUGAUGGGCCUGAACAGCCUCUUCAGGAAAGAGGGACGGCCCACGUGGAUAUACAAGUCCAAGACAAUGAUCGACGUGGACAUAGAAAGCAUGAGCAGCCAGACGCCUUCUAUAGAGUACAUCCAGGGAAGCGUAAAAAACUACCCGUAUGAGCCGAACAAGCAUGCAGAAAAUAUUUUCAAAACGUUCAAGAGCAGGCUGAAAAGAUACAUUUUAAAGUCGGAAAACCAAAAAACAUGGCUGGGCAUUGUCGACUGGAUAGUCCUGGGGCUGAACAAAAAGAGACAGCCGUACACGAACAUAACCCCCAGGAUGAUAUUCAAAAACAAAGUCAGCAAAAUACUAAUAGAGGUAAAAGAGCUAAACACAUCAAAACAGUACAAGAGCAAAAAGUACAAGGAGUACAUAGAAGAGCAGGCGCGGGAGAGGCUGAAGCAGAUUCUUAAGAAGAAGAAAGAAACGUGCUCAAACAGCCCUUUGGACAAAGAGGCAAGGAAAAACAGGCCAGAGUUUGGAGACAUAAUAAAAAUAAAAAACGAAAGCAAAGAAACAGACGGCGCAACAGACGAGUGCACUGAAAACGGGUUUAGGACGUGGAUGGUCCUGGAGGAAAGCGCAAAGAAGAAGAACCACUUUGUAGUGGGCGCAGGAGAGGUAAAAAGGCUGGUGGCGGCAGAUUUAAUUGAAAUCAUCGAAAAGAACAUUUUCACACACUAG